AACCACCGGAUUGAUAAGUCGUAUUACCGAAGAACGAAUAAAACAGAUCAAUAACAGAAGCUCAGCGUGUAUCAAUUGUGUAUUUUAGGGGUCUUUACAUUGGCGACGAGUUUGCAAACAAAACAUGGCUGAGCACAAUUUGAAACCAUUCUUAUGUGAAGGCCUAGAGAAAUCAAUUCUGCGAAGUGAAUGGGAAAAAUGGUUACGAGCGUUCGAUAUAUUUCUCGAAGUCGAGAACGUAACAUCACCAAGGCAAAAGAGGAAUAAACUGCUACAUAUUGGAGGAGUGCAAUUGCAGACUGUUGCGUUUCCCUUGCCAGAUGCUAUUGUCAAUGGAGCAGAUGGAAUAGAUGUGUUUCAGAUUUUAAUUGACAAGUUGAACACCUACUUUUCCCCUAAACAAAACUCUACAUUUGAGAGACAUUUAUCUCGCAGCUUGGCUCCGUUAGAAAAUGAAGAUUUUUCAAAAUUUGUUUUGCGGCUACGCCAACAAAUGUAUAAAUGCUCAUUUGGAGUAUCUAAAACCGAGAUAGAGGAGAUUUGCCUCAAAGAUAAAAUAAUUGACUCGUGGGCCCCUAUAGAGUUAAAGAAAAAAGUGCUGGCCAAAGAACAAUCUCUAGAUGAAAUAAUUGAAGCAUGUCAAGUGGAAGAGCAGAUUAAUAAACAGUCUGAGGUAAUGGUGUCGAAAUCCGAUGUCGACGCAAUUCGAAAAAUUUCUACUCGGAAAACAAAGCCGCAAGGUGAAUGUUCAAGAUGCGGACGUUUUGGUCACGCUAGUUAUGACUCAUCAUGCCGUGCAAGGCAAGCAAAGUGCAACAAAUGUUCAAAAAUUGGUCAUUUUUCCCGAAAGUGUAGAACCACCCUGAAGAGACGGAAUUCUCAGUGUAAUUUUGAAAAUGUUAAGAAACGUAAGACGAAUGUUCGUUGUGUGGAGGGCGAGAACACAGAGCUCAAAUUGGAAAAGGAGAACACAAACUGUUUCAAAAUAGCAAGUGAUGAGGAAGAAGAGUUUAUAUACUGCCGGGUGGGAGGCCAGAAAAUUCCUCUAGUUAUUGACUCAGGAUCAAGGUUUAAUCUCAUCAGCAGCUCGGAUUGGCAACUGCUACAAAAGAAAGGCGCUAUAAUAUUCAAUGACAGAUCACAUUCUGAAAAACAGUUUCGAGGCUAUGCUUCUGAACAAUUGCUUGAGGUAAUUCGUAUUUUUGAGGCACCCAUUUCGGCUGAAAGAGAUAUUGAAGUGAUUGCGACAUUUUACGUUAUCAAAAAUGGUCGACAAUCAUUGUUGGGGCGAGACACAGCUAUUCAACUCAAUGUCCUUCGCCUAGGUUUGAAUGUCAACCGCGUUGAAGAGCCUACACCGUUCCCAAAGUGGAAAGGCGUCAAAGUAAAACUAUGCAUAGAUCCCGAGAUUAGGCCGGUGCAACAGCCGGUAAGAAGAAUUCCGGUAGCUUUAGAGGAGAAAGUUCAUGCUAAGCUGGAGGAAGCCCUUGGACAUGACAUAAUCGAACCAGUUUUAGGUCCAAGUUCUUGGAUCUCUCCCAUCGUACUGGCAUUUAAAGAGAAGGGAGACAUUCGGUUAUGCGUGGAUAUGCGAUUGGCCAAUAAGGCAAUUCAGCGAGAGAACUACCCUUUACCUAUUUUUGAAUCAUUUAUGACAAAGUUAAAAGACGCAAAGUUCUUCUCCCGCCUUGAUCUUAAGGAUGCCUAUCACCAAUCAGAAUUGGAAGAGUCUAGUAGGGAGAUUACAACGUUUAUAACGUCAAAGGGGCUCUUCCGAUAUAAGCGAUUGAUGUUUGGGGUAAAUUCGGCUCCUGAGAUUUUUCAGCGCCGUCUGGAAACACUGUUAGCUGCAUUCCCGAAUGCCAUGAAUUACAUCGAUGACGUGAUAAUUUUUGGUGCCAACGAACUCGAACAUGACGAAACAGUAAAAGCAGUUUGCAAAGUCUUUAACGACAAUAAUGUUUUAUUAAACAAACAAAAGUGCAUUUGGAAAACAAACAGGCUAAAAUUCUUCGGGCACAUUUUGUCCGACUCGGGAAUCGAAGUUGACCCCGAGAAGAUAGAGGUUAUUAAGUCUUUUAGAGCCCCCAAGAAUAAGGAAGAAACCCGCAGUUUUCUCGGCCUCAUUACAUAUGUGGGAAAAUUUAUUCCUGAUUUGGCCGAUAACACGGAUCCCCUACGCCUAUUAUUACGGAAAGACAGCAUAUUUCAAUGGGGCAACACCGAGGAAAAGGCUUUUCAAAAGUUGAAGUGUCAUUUAGCACAUGUUCCUAAUCUUGCUUAUUUUAAUCCAAAGAACCGCACCCGUUUAAUAGCGGACGCAAGUCCUGUAGCUCUUGGAUCGGUCCUUCUGCAGUUUGAUGGUAAAGGCGAUCCGUUGAUUAUAUCAUUUGCCAGCAAAGCCCUGUCUGAGGUUGAAAGGCGCUACUCUCAAACGGAGAAAGAGAGUUUAGCACUUGUCUGGGCAGUAGAGAAAUUCUACUAUUACCUAGCUGGUCUACACUUCGAGCUGGUAACAGAUCAUAAGCCCUUAGAGGCUAUCUUCAAACCGACAUCGAAGCCCCCGGCUCGUAUUGAGAGAUGGUUACUACGCCUUCAAUCAUACCGUUUUAAAGUAAUCUAUAAAACCGGAAAAGAAGUUAUCGAUGCAAUACACAGUCUAGAGAACGACUCUUGGGAACGGGAAAAAUCAACAAAAUUACAUCCAUUUCGAUUUGAACUGUCGACCAUAGGACCUCUUCUGCUAAGAGGAAACCGCAUUGUGAUCCCAACAAACCUUCGCAAACGGGUACUUGAAUUGGCACAUGAAGGACACCCAGGAGAAUCAGCUAUGAAACGCCGCCUAAGAUCCAAGGUAUGGUGGCCGCUGAUCGACAGAGAUGCAGAAGAAUUUGUAAAAACAUGCAGAGACAUGCAGGUAUCCCAGUCAAUAAGACCAGCCCCGAUGAACAGAAAUCCAUUUCCAACGGGUUCGUGGAUAUGGGUGGCGUCAGAUCUCUUGGGACCCCUGCCUAACAAUGAAUUCAUCUUAGUUUUUAUAGACUAUUUUUCUCGCUAUAUGGAGUUUAAGUUUUUGCGGUCGAUCUCAUCGAGCAGUUUGAUUGGAGUCAUGAAAGACUCAUGUGACUCCCCAUGGAACCACAGGGAUAGCCCCAACCCAAUUAAUGUUUAAUAGGAU